CUCCGGCGGCGCCGUCGGGCCGUACCCUCUGCGGCUCAGUUUGGAAAAGCGAGGUGCGGGCUUCUAGAGGCACAGCACUCAGCGUGCCUGGGUUCUACUGCCCUCACUUUCGUGGACACCGCGCGUAAUCUCUCCCCUGUGGACUCAGUUUCCCCCGUCCACGUGUAAAGGAAGACUGGCUCUGGCCAGCGCUGGAACUCCCCAGCUGUAAGGGCGCGCGAAGGAGAGGGAGUUAGAGGACCUCCACGUGACCUCCCCGCAGGCGCCCCGCCUCUCCCUGGUCCAGGGGAUGGAUGGACGCGCGCGGCUGGGACGGGCGGGGGCGCGUGGAUCCUAAGAAACCGCUCGGUGCCGUCCUUGACGGCGGCCCAAGGCGGAGCGCGCGGCUCCGGGACAGGCCAGCCCCCUGGCGACCGCACCGUUUGGAGCAUGGGGACCGAAACUUGGGCCGCGCAGGGUCUCACCGCGGUGGCGGGGGCCGUGUGACAGAGCUCAUCCGGGCAGGAUGGUUCAGGGCACGGGAGGCAGCAGCUAAUCCGGCUCCCUCUCCGCGCCAGGUCUGCGAGGGCGACCGUCGCGGGUCCAGAGCGGGGUCCGGCUGCGGUCGCGGCCGCGUGGACGUCGUGUCACGGCCAUGUGGAGCGCACGGGCCGCGCCGGGCCCGGGGGGCCACGGUCGGAGCUGCCCGGGUCCCGCCGCGCUGAGUCGGGCUUGAAAGCCAAGAGGUGGCGCGGGCGGCGGCGGCGGGGGGUGGACGGCGCACGGCUAUGGCGAGAGACGAGUGCAAGGCGCUGCUGGACGCGCUCAACAGGACCACCGCGUGCUACCACCACCUGGUGCUGACGCUCGGCGGCUCGGCGGACUCGCAGGACCUGCGGGAGGAGCUGCAGAGGACGCGCCACAAGGCGCAGGAGCUGGCGGCGACCUGCUGCGUCGGGCUGACGGCCGCCCUGCGCGACCGGAGCCUGGACGCCCAGGAGCGCGCCGAGUUCGAGCGCCUCUGGGUGAGCUUCUCCGGCUGCCUGGACCUGCUGGAGGCCGACAUGCGGCGCGCGUUGGGGCUGGCGGCCGCCUUCCCCCUGCACGCGCCGCGGCGGCCGCUCGUGCGCACCGGCGUGGCGGGCACCACCAGCGGCGUGGCGGCGCGCGCCCUGAGCGCACGGAGCCUGCGGCACGCGGCGGCCGCGGCGGAGCACGACUUCGAGGGGCAGGACCUGCGCGAACUGGAGCGGGAGAUCCUGCAAGUGAGCGAGAUGAUCCAGAGCAUGGAGAUGAAGGUCAACGUGCCCCGCUGGACCGUGCAGGCCAGGCAGGCUGCGGGCGCCGAGCUUCUGUCCAGUGCCAGCGCCGGCCCCUCCUCGGUGGGUGGCGUGUCGGUAGGAGAACGCAGGCGGCCCUGCGACCUCAGCAAAGCCACGGCCGCCGCCGUUUUCAGCGCCGUGCUGCUGGCCGCGGUGGUGCUGGCCGUGUGCGUGGCGAAGCUGAGCUGACCGACGCCCGAAGGCCACCUAACCGUCACCGCUUCCUCCCCGGUGGAGGGGGGUGGGGGACACAAGAAAAAGCCAACUGCCAGGGCUCGGGACGCGAGUGGGACCCAGCUUGUGUAAAAGGGGGAAGACUCUUAAAGCACGGUUGUGUCCGCGUCUACACGCGCGUGUCGGACACACAUCUGGCCUGGGCAGAAAGAAUUUGUUGUUCCUCUUCCUGACCCCUGGGUUCAUUUUUCAUGGGCCGCCUCGGCAUUAAGGCGUACGCAGGAGCUUUAGCUCCUAUUAAUAGGAAAUGGUCCACGGUGACCCCAGAUUUCACGGAGUUAAUGGAUUACCACGUGUGCUCGCUGCGGCGUGUUUACACAGAGUCCACGCUUGGCGCCCCCGCCGCCGCGGGUAACAACCCCCUGCUGCCCCAGCUGUUUGGGAAGCAGCACAGGAUGAAAUGAAGCUGGCCAGGGGGUGUCCUUUGCCGCUUGGAGGGUGAGGGGGGGUUGUUUCCGGAACAAGAAGCAAGCACACGGUUGUCAUGUAAGCGGGUUUUAUUUACCUUAAUCCCCCGUGGCCUAAACUUAGGGGAGUGUGCAAAUAGCGGCUCAGAAAGUGAGUGCUAGGCGCAGUGAGAACUAGGCGCAGAUUCCGUUUCUGGCAGAGUUGAGCCAUUAGUCACCAAAGCAGCAGAAGAGGUUUGGAGUCGUGACACUCGGCACAGUGUCUGCUCAGGAAACCAGGGGGAGAUGGGGGACCUGCGCUCCAGGGCUGGGAUCCCCGCUCCCCCUCUCCGCCCUGUUCCCCCCCUCCCCCACAACACACACGAGCAGCCUAUGGGAAAGGGCUGGCCCCAGCUGGCCUGGGAGUUGCAGCGAGGUUUGGAAAGGUUCACGUGCUCUUUAAGCGGGCGCUUCUCUUUGGUGGGGGCUUAUUUUUGUUCCAGAACUAGACCAGAGUGUUUGAUCCUCCUUUGGGAGGGCUGGGCGAAUCCUCUUUGGAGCCCUUAAUCCUAUCUAUCCCUUGGAAUUUGUGUGCAAGCCAGCAGAAGAGGCAGUUUCUGAGAUAGUACCCCAACCGUGCCCCCUCUCUCCACCCCCGAGCGAACGUGGUAUCACUACUACACAGAAGUUUUGAGCCAAUGAGCUCCUGAGGGUUAGAGGGGAACCUCUUUCCCUUGGAAUUUAAGAAGCUUUUUAAAAAUAAAAAUCAUUUGUAGAUGAUUUUGUAUCAAGGGCA